UUCUAGAACUAUACAUAAUAAUUAAUUGACGGCCAUAUGUCAGGGUAGAUAUUGAACUAUAGUGUAGGCAGACUCAACGUUGGCAUAGUUAAUAAUAUACUUAGAUAAUUCGAUACAAGUUUUUAAUUAAAUUUUAAUUACUUUACUGAAAAUGAGUACAUCUAGAAUUAUCUAGAUCUAUACUAUAAAAAUGAUGGCUGACUCUAAAUUUAUAUCUAAAUGCAAAGCAAAGAGAACAAAAGACCUACCAGAACAAAUCAAGAGAGUAGCUCAUGUAUCUAGUUUUAACUCUAGAUUUCAAGGAACAAAGUUUUUGAUGAUAGUUUUGCUGUGUAUAUUUACAAAUUGUCUCAGUGUCUGCCAAGGAUGUACCUACGUUAAGAGAGAAGCUGAAGCAGAAUGUGAACCAGGUUUAUGCAUGGCUGGACAGUAUUUCGAUGCUACUGAGUCUCAGUGUUAUACUUGUCCAGCAGGAACAUACAUGAAAAAGACUUUGCAUCAAUGUGAAGGAUGUAAAGCGUGCACUAAGUUGAAUCCUGGAGACAAUCUCAUUGAAAAAUCACCUUGCACAUAUCAAUCUGAUGCUGUUUAUGUAUGUCCUGAAAAUUUUUACCAAACUGGUUCAGAUAUUAUAUACCCACUCCUGCCAAAAUGUUCAAUGUGUACUAUCUGUGACAGUGAUGAGGAAGUAGUUGUGGAGUGCAGGCAAGACAAAAACAGAAAGUGUAGAAAAGUGAACACAACUCCAAUCGAUCAGGUCAAUACAGAUCAUCAAAAUAUAGUUCCUCCCACAAGCCCACAGGAUAAAACCACAAAACCACAAGAAAACUCAGCAGCUAACAAAUAUCAUGUGACUGUCAUAAUUUACACCACUCUACCUUUUCUUUACUUUACAUGGAGGUUGUAUUUUUUUAACAUUUAAAGCCAAAGGUCCCCAUCUUGAGUCAUUAUUUUUUUCUUCUUUCACUCAAUGAAUUUCAUGCUCCAUAAGAGCUAAGUCUCUAAUUAUUGCACAGUGUCUACUAAGAGACUGUUUUGGUUUUCAUUGCUCAUUGCUGUUCCAUUGUUGCAAGAAAUGAAACAAAUUAUUUGGUUUAACUAAACCCAAAGCAUAUUGGAGGGGAGUGAUAUGUAUAGGUUCUAAGUUAUCAAAGAAUAUACUGUUGUUGGUAUAAUGUUGCCAUUAAAAUUUGUAGAAAUGUAUAUUCAUAUUUAUUAAUGAAUAAAGGACACAUGUUCAAUAAGAGAAAUAACAAAACAAUCUCAGAUUUAAAAUUUCAUUUUUUAAAAAAUGCCAAUUUACAUUUUGUUUAAUGUAUCAAAUGUUAAGUAACAUUUUUUUUUUCCGUUUUGGUUCAGCAUUUAAAAAAAAAAAAGUAAAUUAUUUAAUGUCAGGUAAUUAUUUAAUAGAUGUAGGGGUAACAGCACUGAUAUUAUAAUUUGUUGUUUACACACCCAAAAAGUUUAUUUGUUAUAUUGUGUACAUGUGCAGUUAGAUGUGUUAAUACUCAACAAAGAAACCUUCCUAAUAUUUAUGCAACCAGGUAAACCAAAGGCCACCAGUGUUUUUUUUU